AUGUUGGGUCACUCUUUUGACUAUGAAAUCUUACUUGCCAGGUGUUGUUUGUCUCGCCAAAUCACUCAUGCGUUACCAGACCUCGAGAAAGAAGAAACAAAUCUUAAUUGCAAUGAUUAUGAUGAGCUAAUUCAACUAGGUUCUAACUAUGAUUUUCGUUUCCUUGAAAUAAAAGAGAUUACUCGUAUCAAUUUGAAGACGAGUCGAUAUGCGUGGGAUUAUUUUAAAGAAGCGCCGACUAAACUUCGUGCCUGGGAAGUUGAAGGUUAUGAUAUUGUAGGUCUUUUAGAUGCUGAUAUGUGUGUUAUACGAAACAUGGACGAACUUUUAGAAUUAGAUCUAGAUGAUAAUAAAAUCGCAGCAUGUCUAAUUUAUCCAGAAUCCACCAGCAUGGCACCAAUUACUAAUUCUGAAAGUGAUUUUAAUGCUGGAUUAAUUAUUUUACAAGAUAUCGAGAAGAUGAGGGCAAUGAAUUUAGAUGAAAGGGGAGAUUUUUGGAUUUUAUACAAUUGGUGGUGGAGGGUCUAUAGAGAUGAAUGUUGGGAAGAGGAUGAUUUUAAAG